AUGCCUGAUACGGAGAUCAUUGUGACCAAUGCCGGCGAGCCCUCCACGAAGGCCAGCUUGAUCGUUGUCUCGAAUCGUUUGCCCUUUGUGCUCAUUCGCAAUGCGGCUGGGGAGCUGGAAAGGAAAGCCAGUGCUGGUGGCCUCGUCACUGCUGUCUGUCCGGUGGUUAUCAAAGGCAACGGCCUGUGGGUGGGCUGGUCCGGCAUUCACUUGGAGGAUCCCAAUGAGGCAAUACCGGAGUCGAAUCCAAAUGAUCAAACGCCCACAGCGGGCCUCAAGUCGGACCAAGUUGUCUCCGUGAACAUCGAUUCGAAGAUCUUUGAUAGCUACUACAAUGGUUGCUGCAACAAGAUGUUCUGGCCACUCUUCCACUCCAUGCCGGGGAGGGCUAACUUCGGAGGGUCACACUGGACGGACUAUGUAACGGUGAACAAGCAUUUUGCGGUGCGCACGAUCGAGGCGCUUGAGAAGUGCCUGGCCAAGAAGCAGGGCAGCGAGAAGAGUCCCCCGAUUGUGUGGAUCCACGACUACCAUUUGAUGCUGGCUGCCAAUUGGGUGCGCGAGCACGCGGAGGAGAAGAAUCUGCCCUGCCGCUUGGCGUUCUUCUUGCACAUUCCCUUUCCGCCAUGGGAUAUUUUCCGACUGCUGCCGUGGUCCGAUGAGAUAUUGCAGGGCAUGCUUGGCUGCGAUUUGGUUGGCUUUCACAUUCAGGAUUAUUGCCUGAACUUUGUGGACUGCUGUCAGCGCAGUCUCGGCUGCCGCGUGGAUCGCAACAACUUGCUCGUGGAGCAUGGCGGUCGCACUGUGCGUAUUCGUCCGCUGCCCAUUGGCAUUCCCUACGAGCGAUUUGUGAACCUCGCACAGAAUGCGCCCAAGGUGCUCAAGACCUCCAAGCAGCAAAUCAUUCUCGGCGUGGAUCGUUUGGACUACACCAAGGGACUGGUGCAUCGCUUGAUGGCAUUCGAGGCGCUACUCCUCAAGUAUCCGCAGCACAAGGAGAAGGUUAGUCUGCUGCAAAUCUCCGUGCCUUCCCGCACAGACGUCAAGGAGUAUCGUGAGCUGAAGGAGGAGGUCGAUCAGCUGGUGGGACGCAUCAAUGGCCGCUUCACCACCGCCAAUUGGGCGCCCAUACGCUACAUCUACGACUACGUCAGCCAGGAUGAACUGGCGGCUCUGUAUCGGGAUGCGGCUGUCUGUCUGGUGACGCCGCUGCGUGAUGGCAUGAAUCUGGUGGCCAAGGAAUUUGUUGCCUGCCAAAUAAAUGAUAUUCCGGGCGUGCUAGUCAUCUCGCCGUUCGCCGGUGCUGGGGAGAUGAUGCACGAGGCGCUGCUCUGCAAUCCGUACGAGGUGAACGAGGCGGCCGAGGUCAUACAUCGUGCUCUGACCAUGCCGGAGGAUGAGCGCGCGCUGCGUAUGGCGCGUCUGCGACGCCGCGAGGCCGAAUGCGAUGUCAGCCAUUGGAUGAGGUGUUUCCUGAAGGCUGUGGGCGCUCUCGAGAUGGACGAUGUGGGCACCACCACCAUGCAGCCUGUCUCUGUGGAUGACUUUGAUGACUACUUACUGAAAUACAUCGGCUACAAUCACAAGCUGGCGCUCCUGUUGGAUUAUGACGGUACUUUGGCGCCCAUUGCGCCGCAUCCGGAUCUGGCCACACUGUCGCCCGAGAUCAAGAACGUCCUCUACAAACUAUCGAACCACUCGGAUGUCUAUGUGGCCGUUAUUUCGGGCCGCAACGUGGACAAUGUCAAGAAAAUGGUCGGCAUCGAGGGCAUCACGUAUGCGGGCAACCAUGGCCUGGAGAUACUCCAUCCGGAUGGCAGCAAGUUCGUCCAUCCCAUGCCCAUUGAGUAUGAGAAGAAAGUCAGCGAUCUGCUGAAGGCGCUGCAGGAUUCGGUGUGCAAGGAUGGCGCCUGGGUGGAGAACAAGGGAGCGCUGCUGACGUUCCACUAUCGCGAGACGCCCAAUCACUUGCGCGGCGUCAUGGUGGAAAAGGCGCGUUCGCUGAUCGAGAAGUACGGCUUCCGGGCGACAGAGGCGCAUUGCGCGCUGGAGGCACGUCCGCCUGUGCAGUGGAACAAGGGACGCGCCUCCAUCUACAUACUGCGCACAUCUUUCGGCGUGGACUGGAACGAGCGCAUCAAGAUUAUCUAUGUGGGUGAUGAUCUUACCGAUGAGGAUGCCAUGGUGGCACUCAAGGGUAUGGCGAGAACUUUCCGCAUCACCUCGUCGGACAUUGUCAAGACAGCAGCCGAUCAUCGCCUGCCCUCAACGGACUCUGUUUACACGCUACUCAAGUGGGUGGAGCGUCACUUUAUGGGCCGCAAGGCGCGCGCCAAUUCAUUGACCUACAGGCCCACCAAGGGCGAUGGCGUACAGAUGCAAAUGUCACUGGAGGUGGCCUCAACGGCAAACAAUCUGGAGGUGUAAUCUCACACACAGACACAUCUGCUCUGAUAAGUUCUAAGAUUUUUAAGAAUAAACACAAACACAAACAAAUAAUUUACAAUCGA